AUGGACCAUCUUCCGCCUCCAGUCCAGGGUCCGACUGCCAAGGAAAAGAAAUAUGACCGUCAACUGCGCCUCUGGGGAGCUACCGGCCAAAUCGCACUUGAGAAGUCGCAUAUCCUGCUCAUCAACUCCGGCCCAGGCGUUGUUGGCGUAGAGACGCUCAAGAACCUCGUCCUUCCCUGCAUCGGCAACUUCACCAUCCAGGAUUCCGCCGUUGUGAGCGAAGCGGAUCUAGGCGUCAACUUCUUCCUAGAAGACCAGCACCUGGGAGGGUACCGCGCCGAACACACGUGCAAUCUUCUCAAGGAGCUCAACCCAGAUGUGGAUGGUCAUUUCAUCACAGAGCCCAUAGAGUCAUGGCUUGCCAAACCUGACGCUCUACGGCCGUAUACCCUCAUCCUCGCGACUGCACCUAUCCGUCCUGAGAUCCUCGCUAAGCUCUCCGACCACGCAAGCGCCGCGCUUAUCCCGCUGUUCUACGUCCACUCGGUCGGCUUCUACGCCCACUUCUCCGUACACCUGCCUCCUGCCUUCCCCAUCGUAGACACACAUCCCAGCCCCGAGACUACAUCAGAUCUCCGGCUAUUAAGACCAUGGCCAGAGCUUGUACAGUACGCCGAAGAGAAGACGGCCGACUUGGAGAACAUGAAGCCAGAAGAUCACGGGCAUGUCCCAUGGAUAGCACUACUGCUGCAUUUCCUUGAGCGUUGGAAGAAAGACCAUGGCGGCGAAGUACCCCAGACAUACAAGGAGAAGACCGAGUUCAGAACGUCGGUAGCGCAAGCCGCACACACCAACAACCCAGAAGGUGGCGAAGAGAACUUUGACGAAGCAGUGGCGGCCGUUCUCAAGUCGCUGAACCCACCGCAAGCGAGCAGUUCUGUCAAAGAGAUUUUCACGGCGCCAGAGUGUCUUCUGAUCCGCGACGACUCCCCAAGUUUCUGGGUCAUUGCCAACGCUAUCGGUCUAUUCUAUACUAAAUACAACGUCCUCCCAGUUCCUGGUUCUGUACCCGAUAUGAAGGCGCGCUCAGCAGACUACAUUCAGCUGCAGAAUGUGUACAAGGCAAAAGCACGAAAGGAUCUGGCAGAGGUGGUAGAUAGUGUCCGCUUCCUGGAGCGUAAUGCUAACCGGAGCACGCAAAUAGACGAGAAGGACAUUGAGACAUUCUGCAAAAACGCAGCACACAUCAAACUAGUGCGCGGGCGGCCAUUCCACGUCGUACAGGCAGGUGAAAAGAUCAAGUGGGGUGAUCGUGCCAAGUCAAUCGCCCAAACGCUCACAUUCCCUGACUCACAGAUUCCGCUGUACAUUGCUUUCCUAGCUUGGGAUGAGUUUGUUGCGACACACGAUCAAGAUGGCUCAGGAGGAGCACCUCGCGUUGCUGGCGAGACCGACCCCGAAACAGACUCAGAAAAGCUCACAGGGAUAGCCUUGAAGAUUGCGAACGAUCUCAUCAAAGAAGCAAAUGCGUCUAUUGAGGAAGAAGAGUUCGACACGAUCAAGUCGCAGGUUGGAGAAUAUGCACAGGAGCUUGUGCGAGCAGGCGGCGCCGAAUUACACAACAUCGGUGCCUUGACUGGUGGAAUCGUUUCACAGGAGAUCAUCAAGGUCAUUACAGAACAGUAUGUUCCUGUCGACAACACAUGUGUAUUCGAUGGGAUCAAGAGCAAGAGUACCGUUUUCAAGGUCUGA